CUUCUCAACACAUGAUUCUUAAAAGCCCUAUCCACUUUUUUUUCAUAAAAUAAGUACGCAUGCCAUCCAUAUAACAAGUCAUAACCUUCUAUAUUCAAAAUUCUUUCCUCUGUUAAGUUAAACCAGUCACUUAUUACUGAAAGGGCUACUGCUUCAUAAUAUAAUUUAAAGUUAGGCAUUCUUAAACCACCUCUUUCCCGUGAGUCCUGUAUUAUUUUCAUUUUAACCCUCGCCUUUUUACCCUGCCAUAUAAAUUUGUUAAAGCCUAGCAAUUUUCAUGGAAAAAAAUCUGUCUUUUCCCACUGAAUUUCCAUUCUGUUUCCUCUCCUCAACCAAUGACAUAAAGCGGCCCAGCCCCAGCCCUCCUACUUGAUUGGGGCUGAUACUUAAUGAGCUUCCAUGGGAAUGAGAGGUGAAAUCUUGCCUUGAGAGGCUCCCAGAUACCAGUCAGGUUCUGCGAGAAUCCUCUUAAAAGGAUGAAAUGCCAUAAUCCUGCCGGGUCAGGGCUUCUCAAUUGCAGGGACUCGAAACAUCUGGGAUGAGAUUAAAGAAAUGCAGAGUCCUGGGUUAUUUUUAUAACUGGGCAAAAGCGGGCACAUUUCUCAGCAUUCAAGCCUGCUGAGAAAGGCUUCAGUUUUUCUCCAGUUCUGCAAAAGUUUGGCUGCAUUAACAGCUUUGCUCGCCCACUGAGGUGGCUUUGGUGGAAAUCUAGACAUCUGUCUAAAGAGCCUGUUUUCAUCUCUUAACCUUGCAGGCUAUAAGCUUCCCUAUGUCAGUAUACAAACCACCUUCUGGACCUCAGUCUUUCCCCCCACCCCUCUACCCCUCCACCAUAUGCAGAAAAACAAACAUAUUUCUAGAAAUCAGGAGCUUUAAUAAGUAGAAACAUCCUGGAGGAAUUGCAAGGAGCUCCGUCAACAGACCACUGUUGUUUUGUAAAUGGUGCUACCCAUCACAUAGCCAUAUUGUGAGGACAGCUCCCAAAAUGUCAACAGAUUACAUGUUCUUGUCUUGCUCCUUCAAUCCCUGGACCCUUCUCUAUCUCAGGGUUCUGCAUGCUGUAGGACUCCUUUUUCACCUAGCCUGAAAAUCCACUCACAAAAUCUGCUGGUGUAAUUGAAAUAAUGAAGAAACCUGCUUGAUUUGUCUCUGGAGCAGGGGUCUCCAACCUCGGUCCCUUGAAGACUUGUGGACUUCAACUCCCAGAGUUCCUCAGCCAGCUUUGCUCUUCAAGGGACCAAGGUUGGAGACCCCUGAUCCAGGUCAUGGUUGUCCCAAAGGUGCAUUUUCAGAAAGCAACUGGACUUUGUUUCUCCAUGAAGACAUUUGGUUUCUCAUCCAAGAAGCUUCUGACCUGCUUGAUUUGCAAUAUCAAAAAGUUGAGGGCGGCGAAGUUGCAAGGACCUUUUAUAGACAUACACCUUCAAAUAAGAAAAUGCAUAUCUGGAAUAUGAAUUUCCCUCCUAUUUCAGAAAACCCAAGGAACACUGCCUGCCUUUUAUGAGUGCCAGAAAUCUCUUCCAUUAGUGUCCUGAGGCCAAGCAUUGGAGAGUCUUGCCUGGGGGAUCAGAUGUGGUUCAUCCUCUCUGCCUCCCUUUGAGAGCUGGGGUUUGUUAAUGGGGCACUGUUAGUCUUGACACCCACUGCACCCACAGGAUAUUAUUAUGGGUGCCAUGGAUGUGACUCAUCUACCGCAUGUGUUCUGGGCAGGCUGCCACCGCUGUGUCCAUUCAAGAUACCCUUCUGCUAAUUUAUUUUCAGCAAUGUUUGGCCCAUAAUAAUGAGAAGAGCUGUCCUUCUGCCAACCAGACUAGAACUUUCCUGUGAUGGCCUGUCUCAGAAUGCUCUCAGCUGGGUCCCAAAAGGCUGUUGAACAUUGAACGCUGAAGCUCACCACUUCCUGGUGGUGUUUCCUGCAACUCUUAUUUAAACAAAAAGGAGCAAUCGGGCUUCAUAACAUUCAGAAGUGGAUAUAAGCCGAGGUGGUAAAAUGUUGGUGAGGAUGCAAUGGCAAAAGGCCCAUUUCAGACUUCCCAUUUUGGACUCCUUGUCUUGCUGCAGCCCAAAUCCACGGGGCAGGACUCCAGAUGCUGAAAUCGUUCUGGGGCUCUAAUUUUACAAAUUCAUUUUGCUGCCUUGAUUGAAUAGCAUCCAUCCUUCCAAUCAUUUGAAGUAUAAACCACCCUUCGGAAGGGGUUGCCUCCAUGUGUGGGGUAUGGGAGCAGUUACUGCCCUCUCCCCAGGUUUUUACAGCAGGUCUGCAAUUGAUUUGCUUCAAAAGCCCUUUGAAACCAGCCCGAGAGAGGAGGUGGGAGUGUGUGGCUGUGAAUAUCCUGUUUUCCAUUGUGUGAUUCUCUUUCCAGUGGUCUGCAGACUUCCCAGCUUCUCACGCUUUCAUUAAAUCUCAAGAAAAGAGAUUGGGGUGAGACACUUCCCAUGGGGCUUUUUAAUACCAGUGCUAUCAUUAAGGGUGGGGGGGCUUAUUCUUAAGAGGCUUUUGGGAACAUCUGCUACAAGGGAAAUUUGGAAAAGUUCACCCCAUUUCUCUGCCGACAUAUUUUAUGGAGAAUUUUGGAAGGCCGGAUGAGUUCAAGUUCAUUAAAAAUAGCUUUGCCUGCAAAGGAACUGGGAUUUAUUGCUAGAACAGAGCUUUUAAUCUUUUCACACAAUCCUCCCAGAGUUUUCUUCAUCUGGCAGUGUUUGAAUUGUUGGUUGUAUUACGUUCAUUAUGACUGGCCACUCCAGAAACAGCAGUUUUCAGUAUCCAAAUUUAUAAUUGUAUAACAUUUAGAGACCAGAAUCCACAAUUUGUUACAGAUAGUCCUUAACUAAAGGCACUGAAAAAAGUGAAUUAUAACCGUUUUUCACACUUAGCAUCCCCAAGGUCAUGUGAUCAAAAUUCAGACACUUGGCAAGUGAUUCAUUUAUGAGAAUUGCAGCAUCCUGAGUUCACGUCAUCAGCUUUUGCAACCUCCUGACAAGCAAAAUCAAUGGGGAAGCCAAAUUCACUCAACAACUUUCUUGCUAACUUAACAACCGUAGCAAUUCUCUUACCAACUGUGGCAAUUAAAAUGGGGCAAAAUUCCCUUAACAACUGUCUCACUUAGCAACAGGAAUUUUGGGCUCAGUUGUGACCAUAAAUUGAGGACUACCUGUAUUAGAUUUUUAUCCUGCCUUUAUUACUUUGUAAGUAGCUCAAAGUUGAAAAAGUUUCUUUGUAAGUAACCCGAUAGAAUAUCUCCCACGUUGUGCCCAGAACUAAAAAAGAUUCUAUUGGGAGUAAACGCCGUGUUCAGUUCUUCCACAGUCUAACUGCUGUGAGGGUGGCUUUUCUCCCUCGCCCCCUCCACCCACCCCACUGCAGAGAUCUGAGUGAGAAAUAAGAGCCUCAUAGUCUGUGUAACCAUGGACACCACCUCCAGUCUAGCUGGUCACAGCCGUCUCCCAACAGAUUAAUGGCCUCAUUGUCAACCGGCAUUGUUCUGCUUGGAACUUACAGAGGCCCCAGUUGACCCCAUCACCCAAAAUAGCCAUUCUGGACUCAUCGCUUCCUAAAGGGGAUGCAUCCCAGUGAAGUCUCUCCAGGGCCCAAUUGCCUCUGCUUGGAGGUUAAUGGGCGAAGCCUUUAGCUGAAAGGAAUAAAAGGACAAGCAAGAUCCUUCAUGAUAAAGGCUGAUUAUCAAGUUGCAGGUUGAAAACAAGGAGGGAUCCAACUAUUGUGGAAAAGCAGACAGACAUUUGCUUAGUGUUUCAGACCAGACAAGGAAGCAAAGGAGAAUCAGGCAGCCGGUAAAGUUCAGAUGAUCUGGAUGGAUAGAAAGAAUCAUAGAUAGAAAACCCAGUUGAGUUUAGAACCAGAACGGUACAAUUCUGAAGACGAGUUUUUUUUUCUACGAUGGCGAAGUUAUGCAUGUGAUCUCCAGCUCCAUUGAUUUCCAGUUCUUGAGAACCAUGAAUAUCCCAGGCCCACCCAUCCUUUCGUCUAUGGAGAUUCUCAGUCAUCCAGGUUGUGGAAUUAAAAUAUGAAGCGGAAAGGAAACCUUUUGAAAGGAUGGAACAAUAAGAACAUUUCCUUAAGGUGACUCUAUAACAGUAGAAAUUAAUAUUAUCCAGUGCCAAGAAGACAGGAAUGUACCUAUGAGAAUGCAUAGAACAACAACAAGCAAAGCAUAAAAUUAAACUAUUUUAAAAAUCCUGUCCCUGCUCCCUAUGGCCAAUUGCAUGAGAUGCAAUGGUGUUGGGAGGAGGUCUUGGGGACCCAAUCCUCAGCUCCCCACUGCUGCAGGCAACUCCUCCCUCCCGGGACGCACCCUCCUGCUCUCCUCUCUGCUGCCCCUCCCUGAUGGGUGGAAGAGACAAAGUCCUCGGUCAGAUGGAAGCCUUUGGGGAGCUGAGUCUUGCAUCAGAAUUGGAAGAGGUGGUGAACACACCAGAACAGUGAGCAGCACCUGGAUGGAGGCUGGAAAAGUCUUUUUUCCUAAGAAAUAUCAUAGACAGCCUCAGCAACAGCACCUGCAAAGGACGAAGCCACCUGCCAUCUCUCUACACGGGCUUCUCUUCUUUCUGUUGCUGCCAUCUUCCUCAUCCUGCCUCAGUCCUGCUCCCAUGCCCACCAAGGAGAGUGGAGAAGUCAUCGAGUGGUUAAUACGUUAUGGAUACCUUCCACCAGCUGAUCCUACUGCAGGCCAACUACAAACCUGGGAAGCUGUGACAACAGCUCUUCGUGCGAUGCAACAUUUUGCUGGCAUUGCAGAAACUGGGAUUCUAGACGAUGCCACACUGAGUCUGAUUCGGAUGCCUCGCUGUGCUUUGCCUGAUAUUAUCCCCAACUUCCCCCCAGAGCUUUCUUUAAAAAAGAAUGCAAGGAAGAAGAGAUGGCAAAGGAGAAAAGGUCGGGAGAGGCGCAGUUCUGGUUCCGUUUGGACUAAAAGAAACAUCUCCUGGAAGGUGAAGAGCUACCCCCAAAGAGCUCGUCUCAGCCGAGAGACAAUGCGAGUAUUGAUCUAUUAUGCCCUAAAGGUUUGGAGUGAAGCUAUACCAUUAACCUUUCAUGAGGUUGGUGGCCACACUGCUGACAUCUCUGUGGAGUUCCUCCAGCUGGAUCACCAUGACAGUUAUCCUUUUGAUGGACCUGGUGGGAUGGUGGCCCAUGCUUUCUUUCCUGGAGACCCCCAGAGGGCUGGCACUGUCCAUUUUGAUGGGGAUGAAGAAUGGACUUUCCGCUCACCAGAUGACUUUGGCACUGACCUUUUUGCUGUGGCCAUUCAUGAGUUUGGGCACAGUCUUGGCUUAGCACAUUCAUCUUCCAAGAACUCAAUCAUGCGCCCAUAUUACCAAGGACCAGUAGGAGACCCAUUGCAAUACCAGUUGCACAUGGAGGAUCAUGCUGAAAUCCAGAAGCUUUACGGGACUAAAGUUUUUCCUUCUACAGACAAGCAUGAUGUAACCACUCCAUUGCCAGGCCUUCUCUCUUUAUCACAGAAUUUCCCUGCAGUCAGAUCAGGAAAAGGAUUUCCUGACCGAUGUACCUCCAACAUCGAUGCUGUUGCUCAGAUCCGAGGAGAAACAUUUUUUUUCAAAGCUCUGAUCCCUCGUUUCUGGCGAGGACUUCCUUCGGCUCUGCGCAAAGUGGACGCUGUUUAUGAGAGACCUGCAGAUCAUCGCAUCCUCUUCUUCAGUGGACCUCUCUACUGGGUGUUCAAGGACAAUGGUGUGGAGGAGGGUUAUCCUCGCCCAAUCACAGACUUUGGUUUGCCCCAAGGGGGCAUCAGUGGUGCUUUCUCCUGGCCUUCCGACCAGAAAACCUAUUUCUUCAAGGGUGACCUUCACUGGUGCUAUGAUGAGACCACAAGGCACAUAGAGGAAGCCUCCCCUCUCCUCCAGGAAUCCUGGGAGCAGUUCUCCUCCUCUGUCGACUCUGUCUUGACUGAAAGUGAUGGAACACUGUAUGUUUUUAAGGGCCAACAGUAUUGGAAGUUUGACCAGGAGACCCUACAACUCCAAGCAGGAUACCCUCGUUCCAUUGCCACCGAUUGGCUGGAUUGCACCGUCGAACCUCUCAGGAUAAUGCCUACUAGCCCUUCAUUAGGAGUGAAACUUCCACCCAACUUCCGAGGCCCUCAGCUGAAAAUUGAGGAACAUGUGUGUUUUUGUGCUGCUUUUUGUGCCAUUUCCUCCACUUGGCUCAACGUUUUGCCUUUGGCUCUCCUGACACUGCAAGGACUUGCCUAGCAUGGAAGAGGAAUAUUGACCUGGGAUUGCCCUAUGUAUUUCUCUGUGAGCACGAGUGGAAGCACUAUCUCAGAUGAUCACACUGGACAUCUGUGGCUGGACAAAAAGAGAGCACUCCUGAUGAGACGGAAAGUGACAAGCCUUUGAGAUGCAGGCUGGGGUUGCCCAUCCUUCAAGGAGUGGUGACCUCACUUUGCUUGAACAGGAGGGCAUUGAAGUCCUAACAUGUGGAGCAAUAGGAACAUGAGCUUCAAACAGCAAUUACGAAGAAGCUGGGAGAUGGACACUAAGUUAUCAGAAUGCCCAACCACAAGACAAAAGAGCUUUAGUAGACUCCCGCAAAUGAAAAAUAUGGAGCUCUUUUUUUAUAGAAGGAACCAAAGAUAUCUGCUCCCUAACUGGUCAGUUCUUUUUAUAUUGUAAAAGUUCUCCCUGGGUAAAAGAUGGUCUGAUAAAACUUGUUUAGUCACAGAUUUGAUUUGCUGUCUCAGGCAGGAAGCAGUGAAUCUUUCCUCCCCUACUUGUUUUUUUCUAAAUUUCCGGCAGGGAUAGGAAGGAGCUGCUGCUUUUGACACUGACUCCAUCAGCCCAGCUGUGGAAUGAUGCAAUCUUGCUUGUCAGGGCUUGUCAAGCUAAUCAAGAAAGCUUCACUGAAGCCUAUAACUAGAAAGAGAAAGAGAGAUGAUUGAAAAAUGAAGAAUGCCUAGAGGGUGGAUAAGAGCACGGCAUUUGCUGUUUAAAACAGGCAUGACAGAUGGAGUCAGAUCCAACCUACCAGGCAACUUUUGACAGAUCGUAGACUUGAAUGGCAACUUAACAUGUCUGAGACUAGACAAGUUUUGGUCCUUGCUUCCGGCCAAAAGGCUAUGGAUAGACUCCCUGUGGAACAUCUGCCUCCUUUGCUAACGCAUCUUUCAUGUCCCACCCAGGUUGAUGGGGGAAGGGUGUUCCCUGGGUUCCAGGUGGGGAGAAAGAUACAAAAUCAAAAGUCAUGGGAAAAGGAGGAAAGUUAUUAAAGCCAGCAUGAAAUUACACAACUCUGGGUGUUCUUAGAAUGAUUGAUUGCAUGCUGUCACUGGCGAUGAAAAACCCCAUCGGCUAUGUUUACACAACACAUCUAACUUGACAGGUGUGUUCAAACAAAACGUUAAACUUGGUUAGGAUUAAGGAAGAGUUGGUUGGUUGGUUGGGUCAAACUCAGUCUCUUUAGUAAGUUUAUGAUUCAAUAUAUUAUGUGAAAACAGGAAAGGCAUAAUUCAGUAAAAGGUAUGACUCAAGG